AUGGACUCGUCAUCUGCCCAGGCGUGCCUCGUGCGCGGCGCCGAGACCGAGAACCGGUGCUCGAGCUGCGCCAACGCCGGCGUCGACCUCUUCUUCUGCUCUCGCGACCACCAGAAGCUCUUCUCGGUCCUGCCGCCGGGAGUUCGCGCGUUCGAGUACUUCCCGCCGAUCUACCUCGCCCAGGACAUCGACCACACGAUCAUCGGCAGCUUGCCUUGA